CAAUAUUUUGACAAUCUAACUUUGUUUGAUACAAUUUGUUUUAUUUAUUGCUCUUUUAACCCAAACAAAUAAAAAAUUUUAAAGAUAGUGAAAGUGUAUGGAUUUGCUUACGAGAUGACCGAGAAAUCUGGUGAUUCAAACAAUUCGAUCCACGACAAUGAAGCCUUAAGGUCCGUAAAUAAAGGUGUGGAUACUUUUGCUAGAAGCGAUGGCCAGUGGGAUCGCUUUUCUCAAUGGAUACAUUGCAUGUGUGUAGUAACAUUCGAUUUGAACAUAGGACAAGCUCUGGAAUUUGUAUAUCCACCACAAUUUACACCCUCAGAUACAGAAAUGGCUAAUAUAUGUUAUAUGGCUUUUCCCGAUUCCAACUCUGGAUGCAUGGGUGACACAAAGUUUCACAUGCGUCUUCGACGAUCCACUAAGGAUAAUUAUAAUAAAAACUUCUCCAGAAUAUUUCACUCAUACAAUGCGGAUUGUAUUUCUAUGCUUCGUGUUGAUGAAUCACAUUUCUGGGGAUUUGUAUACUUUCGUCAGAAGCGCGAUCCAAAUCUUCCGCGAGGAUAUUUUCAAAAAAGUUUUAUAAUAGUGUCACGUUUACCAUUUUGUAACCUUUUUUAUGAUAUUGUGGCUCAAAUAGCUCCGAAAUUUUUCGAUGAGGGCAAAGCGGUCAUCGAAGAAGCUUGCGGGCAAAUUAAUCGGAUGUGGCCGCCCUUGCAAGCUGGUUAUCAGUUGGAACUACAACUGUUCGACCAUAUCUACCAAAUAAAUAUAUCGACAAUAAGUGGUAAGAGAAGCAACUCCGUCGGGCUCCAAAAAAAUAUGGUUAAAGAAUUUGCUCUUAACACGUUAUCAACAAAAAUUUUGAGUUCCGUUCACGAACUGGAAUUAUUUCAUGGCCUAUGUUUUACAUUGGAAAACUUAUAUACUUUAUGGGAACUAGUGUUAAUUGCAGAACCCAUUGUAGUUGUCGGUACAUCCCCUGCAGAUUGCUCACAUAUGGUGCACACUCUUGUAUCUCUAAUAGCUCCUAUAGAGUACUGUGCUGAAGCUCGUCCUUAUUUUACUAUACACGACAGUGAAUUCAAAGAGUUCACUAGAGAAUAUGGGAAAACACCACCAUCUGUGAUACUGGGUGUAACAAAUCCAUUUUUCAUAAAACUGCUCAAAGAUUGGCCUCAUAUGCUGCGAUUAGUUGAUAAUCAGAUUAAUAUACAGCAGCAUCAGCAAAUUCAAAAAAAUAUACGUAAUGGAGACUCAGUAACAUCACUGAACGCCAGUAAUACCGGCAUAAUUAGAAAAAGUUCUCCCAAUGGAAGUUCUCAACUACUAAAUACAAAUACUAUUACCAGUGAUGGCACAACUCCUGGACUAUAUACAAAGUACAAACCAUUUCUUAAGAAAGAUAAGAAUUUAAUUAAAAAAGUUCUAGCUGGCGUCAAAACAAAAAGACCUGACCAUGUCCAAACUGCUUUGUUACGUCGAAAUUUGCUUGAGCUAACUCAAAGUUUUAUGAUACCAUUGGAACGCUAUAUAGCUUCUUUAAUGCCAUUACAGAAAGAUAUAAGCCCAUUUAAAUCGGCGCCAAACGCCAAUGCGUUUAAAUUAGAUGAUUUUUUAGCCACUAUUGAACAAUCUGGACCACAUUUAACCUCCCCGUUAAAGGGUGAUUGGAAGGGUCUAUAUAGGAAAUUCUUCAAUUCGCCAAAUUUCCGUGGAUGGUACGAUUCAAGACAUCGGGAACUGCAAUUAACCUUGCAAGACUUGCAGCUACAGGCUCUUUCCGUUGCUAAUCUUGAGCAAUGGGCACAGGAUAAACAAGAAGUAGAAAUUAUUGAUAUGAUACUUAAACUAAAACAGAAAAUGAAUCUCUACAACGAUAGUAGUAAUAGCUCCACGCAAGAGCAAAUUCGCCUCCAAAUUAAUUGCAUGAAGAAUUUACUGCCUAAUGAUUUAAAAAAUAUAGUUAACAUUUGAUUUAAAAGUUUCUGUAUUCUGUAUUCAGCUUCCCCAGGAUCAAGAGAAUGUUUGUAAUUAUUAUUGUUGCGUGAUAUUUUUUAGGAAUCAUUUUGUUUAAUUUUAAUAAAAAAAA